UAAGUAAAUGAGUUCUGGCGAGAAGAUGGCGUGGGCAUUUGCCCUGUUUCUUAAAAAUUAAAACCAGAGAAUGAACUUUCAUUUUCAUCAGGAAGCAAGGCACUGAUUCAACGAAGCAAGCAUCUGCCCAUCUGCCAGAAUGGCGACGAGCUAUCGUUGUUUAUACUCAGAAUUUGGAUCACAAACGUGGAGGCAUAAUCGAGCAGUCGAAUGGGCAGAUUUAGGGUUUGCUCGCUUUUGUUGUGGAGGGCAGUUUUCUGUUUGGAAUGAGGGCUCCAAACAGCUCGAGUUUUUAGCAUUAAAUGGGGAAACCGAAUCCUUUUUGUUUCUCAAGGCAUAAACUGUGGAGAAUGAAGAUGUAGACAAAUAGAGUUCCUAUAAAUGAGGAGGGCAUGUGCUUGCUGCUUCACAAGCCGAUCAUCCGACAGCAAUCAUCAGAAUCCCAACAGUGACAAGCCUUCGCAGAGCUCUGUCGUGACCAUGGAGACCACCCAGAAGAACAAUGACAAUGAUGUUUCAGGGGCUGUGGAAGAAAACACGACCAAAAUAAGUCCUCCACUAGCUGCUAAUAUCUUACUGAACCAUGACUUCUCAAUGGGACUGCAAUAUUGGCACCCCAAUGGCUGUGAUGGCCGUGUAGCUUGGGCCGAGUCAAAUUACCGGGAAGAGGCAUCCAUCAAUUCAUAUUCUAAGUAUGCUGUUGUUACUAAUCGAAACGAAUGCUGGCAGGGAUUGGAGCAGGAAAUCACCAAUAAAAUUUCCCCAGGCAUUACUUAUUUAGUUUCAGCAAGUGUUGGAGUAUCAGGACCUCUUCAAAGAUCUGCUGAUGUGCUAGCAACCUUAAAGCUAGAAUAUAAUGAUUCUGCUACAAGCUUUUUGUUCAUCGGGAGAACUACUGUGUUGAAAGAGAAGUGGGAGAAAUUGGAAGGUACAUUCUCCUUGUCGACCAUGCCAGACCGAGUUGUAUUCUAUCUGGAAGGGCCUUCUCCGGGCAUUGAUUUACUCAUACAGUCAGUGGAGAUUACCUGUGCUGUUCCAAAUGAAUUUGAGUUAUCUGAGAAGGUUGGAAUUGGAAGUGCCAAUGCUGACGAUGAGAAUAUUAUUCUAAACCCGAGAUUUGAGGAUGACAUCAAAAAUUGGUCUGGAAGAGGAUGCAAGAUUGCCCUGCACGAUUCAAUGGGAAAUGGAAAAGUUCUCCCACAGUCUGGGAAGUUUUUUGCUUCUGCAACCGAGCGCACGCAGAGCUGGAAUGGGAUUCAGCAAGAGAUCACAGGAAGAGUGCAGCGAAAGCUUGCUUAUGAUGUUGUUGCUGUUGUUCGGGUAUAUGGCAACAAUAUCACCACUACUGAUGUACGGGCUACUUUAUGGGUGCAAACACCAAAUCUCCGCGAACAAUAUAUCGGCAUUGCCAAUGUGCAGGCAACAGAUAAGGAUUGGGUAAAAUUACAGGGGAAGUUUCUUCUAAACGCUUCCCCAUCAAAGGUUGUCAUAUAUCUGGAAGGUCCACCUUCUGGAGUCGAUAUUCUCAUCGACAGUCUUGUUGUCAAGCAUGCACAAAAGAUUCCUCCUUCACCUCCACCAGUUAUUGAGAAUCCAGCCUAUGGAGUCAACAUAAUUGAGAACAGCAGUCUAAGUAAUGGCACCAAUGGAUGGUUUCCCCUUGGAAAUUGUACGUUAAAUGUUGGAACAGGGUCGCCGCAUAUUGUUCCUCCUAUGGCCAGAGAUUCCCUUGGCCCUUCUGAACCGCUCAGCGGCCGCUACAUCCUUGUGACGAAUCGCACACAGACAUGGAUGGGUCCUGCUCAGAUGAUCACUGAUAAGGUGAAACUCUUUCUAACGUACCAAGUGUCUACUUGGGUAAAGAUUGGCUCUGGGGCAACUGGUGCACAAAAUGUUAAUGUUGCACUCGGAGUUGAUAACCAAUGGGUCAAUGGUGGGCAAGUCGAGAUCAGUGAUGAUCGAUGGCAUGAAAUUGGGGGUUCCUUUAGGAUUGAAAAACAAGCAUCGAAAAUUAUGGUUUAUAUACAAGGUCCUGCUCCAAGCGUCGACUUAAUGGUUGCUGGACUUCAAAUUUUCCCUGUUGAUCGCCAUGCAAGGUUAAGAUAUUUGAAGACACAGACAGAUAAGAUCCGCAGGCGCGAUAUCACCCUCAAAUUUUCAGGAUCCAGCUCUAGUGGCACGUUUAUAAAAGUCAGACAAAUGCAGAACAGUUUUCCUUUUGGGACUUGCAUCAGUAGAACAAACAUUGAUAAUGAAGAUUUUGUCAACUUCUUGGUGAAGAAUUUCAACUGGGCUGUGUUUGGAAACGAGCUCAAGUGGUACUGGACAGAGCCACAGCAAGGAAACUUCAACUAUAAGGAUGCUGAUGAGUUGUUGGAUUUGUGCAAGAGCCACAACAUAGAGACUCGUGGUCACUGCAUCUUCUGGGACGUGCAGGGCACAGUACAACAAUGGAUUCAAUCCUUGAACAAGAACGAUAUGAUGGUUGCCGUUCAAAAUCGCCUCACGGACCUGUUGACACGCUACAAGGGAAAGUUCAAGCACUACGAUGUCAACAAUGAGAUGUUGCAUGGAUCAUUCUAUCAAGAUCAUCUGGGGAAAGAUAUUCGAGCUAACAUGUUCAAGACCGCUAACAAACUCGAUCCAUCAGCUCUCCUAUUCGUGAAUGACUAUCACGUUGAGGAUGGAUGCGACGCCAAAUCUUGUCCAGAAAAGUACAUAGAGCAAAUUCUUGAACUGCAAGAGCAGGGAGCUCCAGUGGGAGGAGUUGGGAUCCAAGGGCAUAUUGACAGUCCAGUGGGGCCAGUUGUUAGUUCUGCUUUAGACAAAAUGGGCAUUCUAGGCCUUCCAAUCUGGUUCACAGAACUCGACGUGUCGUCCAUUAACGAACACAUCAGAGCGGAUGACUUGGAAGUUAUGCUUCGAGAAGCUUUCGCCCAUCCUGCAGUAGAAGGUAUAAUGUUAUGGGGAUUCUGGGAGCUCUUUAUGAGCAGGGACAAUUCUCAUUUAGUGAAUGCAGAAGGUGAGAUCAACGAAGCUGGCAAACGAUACAUCGCCCUGAAACACGAAUGGCUUUCGCACGCGAGCGGGCAGAUCGAUGAGAAAAAUGAAUUCAAAUUCAGAGGCUUUCAGGGAACAUAUAAUGUGCAGAUUGUGAAUGCCUCAAAAAAGAUGUCAAAAACAUUUGUGGUGGAAAAGGGAGAUGCAGCAGUGGUGAUAUCUAUAGAUCUGUGAAACACAUUUCCAAAGAUGUGGGGUUACACAAGAAAAAAUAAAGUUCCUCUCCCUGUAUGUGAUUUCUAAUAUGUAAUUUCCAUUCAGAAUAAUAAAUACACGUGUGCUGUUCUCGUUGGUUAUCUUA